AUGAGUGCCCGGCAGCUGGUCCUGAGGCAGAGAGCGGAGCUGCUGCGUGCCCUGUGCUGUGGUGGCUCUUCUGAGGGUCUCGAGAGUGUAUUGGACCUACUCCUGUCCUGGGGCAUGCUGUUCUGGGAGGACUACCAGAAUGUACGGGUACCAGGCCGUGCUCUGUGUGCCAACACAAGGGUGCUACUAGAUCUGGUGUACACCAAGGGAGAUGAGACAUGUCGACUGCUCCUGGCUGCUUUCAAACAGGUCCUCCCUGAGGCCCAAAGAGCUGGCCUCUCUUUUGGAAACUGUCGUACUGCCGAUCUAGAAGAUACUAGAGAAGAUACAAAAGAACUACAUGGUACAACUAUCCAGACCCUUCUCCAGAGGCUGCACCUCCUUUGGGCCAGGGGGGUAGCUCUACAUGAUUUUUUUCUACUCUUUCCCUUCAGCUGUCGCAGGCUGAGCUCGGAGCAGAGGGAGCUGUCUCUCAGAGAGCUGCUGUUCCUGCACUGCUGCUGGCCGGACGGGGACCAGGACCGAAUCUUCCAGUUCAUCCUGGACCAUCCGCACCUCAUCCUCUUCACCUUCGAUGGCCUGGACGAGCUCAUGCAGAGCUUCUCGGACUCAGAGCAGAGGCACUGCUGCCCCACCCAGUGUGCCCCCGUCCCCACCCUGCUCUUCAACUUGCUGCAGGGAUCCCUCAUGAAGGGGGUGACUAAGGUGGUGACCAGCCGGCCGGAGGCAGUGGGUCCCACCCUGAAGCGGUACCUUCGCAAGGAAGUCCUCUUGAAAGGCUUCUCGCCCGGCGGGAUCGACUGCUUCGUGACGAAGCAUCAUCGCAACCCGACAGUGGCCACCAGGGUCCUGGAGUUUCUACGAAGCAGCACAGCUCUACUGGGCCUGUGUCACAUCCCGGUUUUCUGCUGGAUUGUGUCCAAGUGUUAUAAGGAGCUGCUGGGCUGUGGAGAGGGAGAGGGCAGUCCCCAGACCAUCACAGAUGUUUACCUCAUGAUCCUGCAGCACUUCCAACACCGGGCCUCUCAGAGGAAUCCCCUGGGGAUAGGAUGGGUGCAGGAGCACCAGGAUACUGCCCUGCAUCUGGGGCAGCUAGCCAUGGAGGGCCUGGGGGCCUCUUGUUACGUCUUCACAGGCACAGAGCUACAGAAGUGUGGGGUGACCGAGGAAGAUAUCUGCAUGGGGUUCCUCAUCCAUAGUAAAGACCUCUCCUCCUCCACUAACUGCAAACACCACGAGUUCCUGCACAUUACCAUGCAGUGCUUCUUUGCUGCUCUCUACAUUGUCCUGAACAAUAACUUGGACCGCUCCACCAUCCCUAAGCUCUUUCAGCCCCAGGACAGGCAGCAACAGCCUGGCUUUCACAGGGCGUGUCUGGGGCACUGCUUGACCCAAAAAGAAGGGGCCUUGAAGGAGGCCAAUACGGCAGGUGAGACACCAAACCUCCAGAUAACAGCUACUUUUGUGCCUGGGCUCUUGUCUCAGCGCCACCGUAGCCUGCUGCUCCUCUCCUGCCCUAGGCCCACUCUAGAUAGGAAGUCCAAGCAGGUGGUACUGUCCAAAGGCAUGCAAAGGCACUUUAAAUCCAUCCCUCGGCCCGUGGAGGGGGAGAAGAAGAGCAUGCACGCCAUGCCGGGCUUCGUGUGGCUCAUCAAGUGCAUCCAUGAGAUGCAGGACGCCAGAGACACUAUGGCUAAGCUAGAGGUGGAACACCUGAAGCUGACCUAUUGUAACAUAGGCCCUGUGGAGUGUACUGCACUGGCCUACUUGCUCCAGCACCUUAGGAACCCUGUGCGGCUUCAGCUAGACUACAACUACGUAGGAGACGUUGGGGUGGAGCAGCUGCUGCCUUGCCUGCAUGUCUGCCACUCUGUAUACCUGAGACACAAUAACAUAUCAGAUGAGGGAAUCUGUAAAUUGAUUGAAAAAGGCAUCCAGUGUGAGUGCUUCAGAAGAUUGUGUGAGCUCUUCAACAACAAGCUAACUGAUGCCUGCACAGAGUGCUUCGCUCACCUCCUGAAGAUAAAGCAGAAUUUUCUCUCUCUAAAGCUGGGAAACAAUAACAUCACAGCAGCAGGGGCAGGGCAACUGGCGGAGGGACUGAGGUUCAAUCGGUCACUACAGUUCUUGGGGCUUUGGGGAAAUAAAAUAGGUGAUAAAGGUGCAGAGGCCAUUGCCAAUGCUCUAAAGGAUGGCCAAACCUUGGUGUGGCUCAGCCUGGUAGACAAUGGUGUUCGCAGUGCAGGAGCAUGUGCUCUUGCCCCACUCAUCAAGAACAGUACGCUUGAGGAGCUGUGGUUAACCAAAAACUGCAUCACAAGAACAGGUGUGGAGUGUCUAGUACUGGCUCUUGAAAGCAACACUAGUGUGAAGGCAGUGUGGUUGAGAGGUAAUGAGCUCAGCCCAGAAGAGGUGGAGGAGAUGACACAGCGGGAACCCAGGCUUACAUUCUGAUGAUGCCAAGUGCGGGUCAACUAUACUGGAGUAAUAUUGUUUACAGCCAUGUGUAUGUCUGUUUGUAAUUAAUGUAACUUCUUUAGUAGCAUUUCCCGUAAAAUGGUAGUUGU